AUGGGAACUGUUCUAAUAGGCCUAAGUGGCGUCUUCUUUGCCAAGAAGCUGCGAUCAGCCGGCUUCACGACCUUGUUCGACCCCUUCCAACAGAAGUUCGGCAGGUUCAUGUGCGUGCUGCUCUACAUCCCGUCCGUGUUGUCGGAGAUAUUCUACUCAAGUACGAUCCUUGCAGCUCUGGGGACAACGCUUAGCGUUAUUCUCGAGCUCGACUUGAGGGUCUCCAUCCUGAUCUCCACGGCCGUUGCCGUACUGUACACGUUACUGGGAGGGCUGUACUCAGUCGCCUACACUGAUGUGCUUCAGUUGAUCCUCAUCUUCAUUGGUCUGUGGCUGUGUAUCCCGUUCGCCAUGACGCACCGUGCAGUGGCGAGCAUCACCGCGGACACGUCCUGGCUGGGGCGGUGGGACAGCCGACUGGCCGCCGUCUGGGUCGACCUGACGCUGAUGAUGGCCCUGGGUUCCCCCGCCAUCCAGCCGUACGUGCAGCGGGUCCUGGCGGCGCGCAGUGCACGUGAGGCCCGACUCUUCUCCGUCUUCGGCUGCUUCGGGUGCCUUUUGCUCGCCGCACCGCCUGUUCUCAUCGGCGCUAUCGGAGCGUCAACUGACUGGAACCAGACUGCCCUACGUGUCCCUCCUGUAAAUGAUACAGACAAAAUCGCACCCUUGGUCAUCCAGUAUCUCACACCCACAGCGGUAUCCGUGGUGGGGUUGGGCACGGUGUCUGCUGCAGUCAUGUCGUCUGUCGACUCCUCCAUUCUCGGAGCCGCAAGUGUGUUUGGGCGGAACAUCUACCAGGGUAUACUAAGGCCCAAGGCUUCUGAAGUAGAAGUUGUGUGGUUAGUCCGUUUUUCCGUCGUCAUCAUCGGCGCAUGCGCGGCCCUGGUGGCUCUGACGUCACACACCAUCAUCGGGCUGUGGUACCUGUCAUCUGAGCUGGUUUACGUCAUCCUGCUGCCUCAGGUCGUCUGUGUGCUGUUUGUCAGAGCUCUCGGCUUUAAGACAUAG